AUGCCAGCCAAGAAAAUCUUAGCCUUAACAGGAGAUUACGCUGAAGACUACGAAAUCAUGGUCCCAGUCCAACUUUUAUCAAUGGUCGGGCAUAUAGUCCACACUGUCUGUCCAGACAAGCAAGCAGGUGACUAUACAUUGACCUCUGUCCACGAUCUAGAACUCGGCCUCCAAACCUAUUAUUCAAUUGACGGGCACAGAUUUACCUUAAAUAAAACUUUUUCAGAAGUAAACGAGGCUGAAUAUGACGCUUUAUUUAUCACUGGAGGCGGCGCACCUGAAUAUAUAAGAUUAAAUCCAAGGGUCAUUGAAAUUGUGCAGCAUUUCGCGAAUAAUAAUAAACCUAUAGGCACUGUAGGGCAUGGAGUGCAAGUGUUAGCAGCUGCUGGAGUGCUUAGGGGGAGAAAAGUAACUGGGUAUAUUGCAUGUGAGCCUGAAGUCGCUAUAUCUGGAGGCACUUAUGUGAAAAAAGACUGGGGAGAGACCAAUGUAGACGGAAAUCUUGUGAGCUGUGUAGCUUGGUCUGGGCAUGAAACUUUUGUUGCUGAGUUUUUGAAGGUUUUAGGGACAACAAUUGAGCUUUAA